AAAAACCCUAGUUUUCUCCUAUUCCCGCGACUCUCUCCGCCACGGCCGCCGACUUCAAGCCCGAGCAAGCUAGGGUUCUUCACUUCGCUAGUCCCUAACAUUUGGACUCUUUCUUAUUUUCGUUACUUUGAACUUCUUUUUUAUUUUUUUCGGUUGCAGUUUAAGAUCGCGCUGUGCCAGUUGAUGGUGACUGAAGAGAUAGAAAGAAACAUAACUCACGCUCGAGAGGUGAUCGAGGAGGCUGCCAGAAAAGGGGCCGAGCUCGUGGUGUUGUCUCUUCAUCUUUUUGACAUUGAUAUCCCGGGCAAGAUUACGUUCAAUGAAUCAAAGACUCUUACACAUGGGCAGCAUCCUAUCAUUGUUGAUACAGAUGUUGGACGUAUUGGCAUAGGUAUUUGUCAUGACAUUUCCUUCCCGGAACUGGCUAUGUUGUAUGGUGCAAAAGGUGCUCAUUUAAUCUGCUGCCCUGGCCCCUGGUACAUUUGGCAUGACAACUGGUCCUUUGCAUUAGGAGUUAUUUCAAAGAGCAAGUUAUUUGUGGCAACUUGUUCCCCUGCUCAGGAUACAAGUGCUAGUUACAUUACUUGGGGUCAUUCGACACUUGUCGCACCUGUACAUAUAAUGAAAUUUGGCGAAGUGAUAGUAACCACCGAGCAUGAGGAGGCAAUCGUUAUUGGAGAGAUUGACUAUUCUUUAAUUGAGCUUCAGAGCAGAUCCAACCUGCCCCUUGAGAAGCGGCGGCGUGGGGAUUUGUAUCAGCCGGUUGACGUCCAGAGAAUGGGCUCUCAGUGAAAGUGCUUCACCGUCAAAUAUUUUCAAGUAACUUUUGUCAAAAUAUCUGUUAAUGGUUUAGUAAUUAUGAAGGUCAGAACAUGUAAUGGGACUUCUAAGAAGCAAGUGGGCCCGCAUGUUGUAGUUAGCUCUCUUAAAUACUUUUUGGUCCUUGAUUGAAGAAGCUUAAUGGUUUGUCUGAACUGAAAGGUAUGUAGCAUAUAAAAGGGGGAAGUAUCUCCAUUAUUAUCAUUGUGAUGCCAUUUCACGAUAAUUUUUUUUCACAUGCAA